AUGAAGCCACAGCUCCUUCUUCCAGCUUUAUUAACCGCCUCCGCCUCCGCCUCCCCACUAAACCAAACAUGGGACUACAUCAUCGUCGGCGGGGGAGCGUCCGGGAUUCCUCUCGCAGACCGACUUUCUGAGUCUGGGAAAUCCGUUUUGCUGAUCGAACGCGGAUUCGCUUCGUCUGGAAGAUGGGGCGGUACAUGGAAACCUUCCUGGCUCCAAGACACGAACCUGACUCGCUUCGACGUUCCUGCCUUAUAUCAAUUUAUUUGGACGAAUCUUACUGACAACUCUGGAAUAAUCUGCCCUGAUGUCAGCACGCCAGCGUCAUGUGUCCUCGGUGGUGGAACGGCUAUCAACGCCGGGCAAUUCUACCUGCCAACGCCCAUGGACUGGGAUCUCACUGACAUGCCUCCCGCCUGGCACUCCCAACACAUGCGCUCCGCCACCGCCCGCGCCCUAUCUCGCCUCCCCUGGACAGACACACCUAGCAUGGACGGCGAAUCCUACCUGACAAACGGCUCGCGAAUCACCAUCUCUCUGCUCACGAAUUCCUCCCUCCCGCACGCCUACAAGCUCAUCCGCGCAAACGACCACCCAGAAACCCGGGACCACGUCCUCUCACUCGCAGAGUACUUUUUCCAAAGCGGCGAAAGAGGCGGGCCCAUGGCUACGUAUCUCGUCAGCGCAAGCAAGAGGAGAAACUUCCAUCUGCAGCUCAACACCACUGUGGCCCGGGUCCUGCGCACCGGGGACCACGCAAACGGCGUGCAAGUCGGGCCUACGUACCCGGGCGGUCUGAACGGAACUAUCAAACUGACUCCCAAGAUGGGCCGCGUCAUCCUCUCCGCAGGCGUCUUCAACACCGCAAAGAUCCUCUUCCGCUCCGCCAUCGGCCCGCGCGAGCAACUCCACAUCGUUCAAAAUAGCACGGAUGGCCCCUUGAUGCUGGACGAAAAGCACUGGAUCGAGCGGCCGGUGGGUAGGAACCUCGAUGACGCGCCGUCCGUGUAUCUAGCAGUUAGUGGGUUCGCGCUGGACACGUACGACUGGGAGAGUCUCUGGGAUAAGCCGCCCGCCGCAGACGUGCAAAGAUAUCUGCAUAACCGCUCCGGCCCGCUCGCGGAGAUCCAACCUUCUCUCGGCCCGGUGUUCUGGGAUGAAAUCAGAGGAGAGGAUAGUAGAACGCGCGUUGUGCAAUGGACUACUAACUCGGGCGUGCUGAAUGGUCAAGGCAUCCUCGCCUUCGCCGCCAACCUCAACCGUGGCCACACCUCCCGCGGGACGGGGCUGGAAGACUAUCUCCGGGCGGCGAUUGCGACGCAGCCGCUGCUGACGUCGAAUCAUUGGGUGGGGAGUACGCGGAUGGGGGCGAGUUGUGAGGAGGAGGGGGAUGCUGUUGUGGAUGCGGGGACGAGGGUUUGUGGGAUGGCGAAUUUGCAUGUUGUGGAUGCGGGGAUUGUGAAUGGCGUGUCGACGGCGAAUCCGCAGGGUGUGUUUAUUACGGCUGCGGAGCGGGCUGCGGCGAUAAUUUUGGAGAUGGAUGAGUAA